AUGUCGUCUUUUCGAGAGCGCCAAGCUAACGGAGUACGCUUACAGGCUGAAUGGAACGUCCUGCUUGGGGAGUACGCCGCGAAGUUCCCGGAAAAGGCGGCUGAUCUGGAACACCGGCGACAGGGUCAACUUGGAACCCGCUGCGAAGAGAUUCUGGACAACGUCGACUCUUCCCGCUUCCAGGACAAAAGCAACGCGGGGGAGCAAUGGCGCAUUGAUGGAAGAGACCUAGCCUGCAUGUGGCGCCUUAAUGGGAGGCAGCGCCGACCUCGUCAACUCGAACAACCUCUACUACUCCGACGCCGUCGAUCCUGUCUUCGACAGGCAGGACCAGAGGUAUCGCGACACGGUGUUUCCCCGGGACGAGGGGGCGCGAGCCCGAUCGUCGGCGUCGAAGAGUCCGUGCCGACCGCGUGGGCGAAGGACGCGACCGCCAGCAUAGGCAUGGUCGGGUAUGGAUGGGUACUCUGCAUCGAACCGCGAGCAACUAUGAGCGCUUCGGGGUAA